ACUACUCAUCUCCGAUAGAGAACGACAUGAAAUUAGAUCACUACAGCCAAACUCUGAGAUAUUCAUGCACGUUUUUUGAUCCAGCCCGUCUCUUUCCCUCUCUCCAUGUCUCUCUUUUUUCCUGUUCUUGUUAUUCAUCUUCCUCUUUCUCAAUCGAUCGAUUAGCCCGAGCUUCUACUUCGUUUUUCCUUUAUUUUUCUUAGGAAAGAUGUCAGAUGCUUUAAUCAAUGGAUUGGCUGGAGCUGGAGGGGGAAUCAUCGCUCAGCUCCUCACAUAUCCCUUACAAACUGUUAAUACUCGUCAACAGACCGAACGAGAUCCAAAGAAGUCGAACGGGAAACUCGGAACAAUUGAACAAAUAUGUCAGGUUGCUAAACAAGAGGGAUGGGGGCGUUUAUAUGGAGGCCUGACGCCAUCGUUGGUUGGAACUGCUGCAUCACAAGGUGUUUACUACUAUUUCUAUCAAAUAUUCAGGAACAAGGCAGAAGCUUCUGCACUUGAUCGCUUUAAGAAAGGGACCGGUGAUGGAUCAGUUGGAAUAUUGUCGUCGCUUGUGGUGGCUGCGUUAUCUGGGUGCAUGAAUGUGCUGUUGACCAACCCAAUAUGGGUAGUUGUUACUCGAAUGCAGACUCACACAAAAUCCUCAACAGAACAAAAGCCUUCUGAGAGUUCUUCAGUUAUGCCAGAUGAAGCAAUUCUUGCUGCAGUGGAGCCUCCUCCCUAUGGGACUAGCCAUGCUGUGCAAGAGCUCUACAAUGAAGCUGGUGUUUUGGGUUUCUGGAAGGGCGUUUUUCCAACACUCAUGAUGGUUAGCAAUCCCUCGAUACAGUUCAUGUUGUAUGAGACCUUAUUAAAGAAGCUAAAGGCCAGGCGUGCCUCAAGGAACAAGGGAAAUAAUGGGAUAACUGCUUUAGAGAUUUUUCUUCUUGGAGCUAUUGCUAAACUUGGAGCAACUGUGGUGACUUAUCCAGUCCUUGUGGUGAAGGCAAGGCUUCAGGCUAAACAAGUUUCUGGAGUAGACAAAAGACAUCAUUAUAAAGGCACACUUGAUGCAAUCACGAAGAUGAUCCAAUAUGAAGGCUUGUCCGGGUUUUAUAAGGGGAUGAGCACAAAAAUUAUACAGAGUGUGGUUGCUGCUGCAUUCCUGUUCACGGUUAAGGAAGAACUUGUGAAGGGGGUCCGUCUGCUGGUGAAAAAGGAUGCGAAACUGAUUAAUGUAGUGAGAUCUGUGCCCCCAUGAUAUUUGUUGUUCACUUUGUUCUUUUCUUUCUUUGUAUUAGUUUGUCAUUUAUUUGACAUUCUUAGUGCCCAUUGCUGGGCAGAAACUGUAAAUUGGAGAUGAAAUGCCAAUGUUGGCAUUCUUGUACCUUACAAUAAAUGGAAAUUAAAAAAAAAAAUCUUCAAAAAGGUGGAAACUGUUA